AUGAUUACUUUAAGACCAACAACAACAAUAAUAAUAUUGUUGUUUGUUUUAAUUACAGGUUUUUUUGUUGCUGUUGAUGCAAAGUUAACAUUUAAAGUUGCCACAGCACAAAAGGUCAAUCCAAUUCCUGGUAGUCAAUGGUUUUUCGUAGAGUCCGAGCUGGAUAUCGGUAUCUAUAACAAUAUACCAGGAAGUCUCUUAGUUUCCAUUACCAUCAAUGGUUUUGUCAAUCCGAUCGUUUGUUCACAACUCUUUAUUUCGAGACACGGUGUCAUUCACAAGUUGAUUGCGGAAUGCCCAAUGAGUUUCGUUGGUACCUACGAUAUCAAAUUAGGUGCACAAACAGCUUCUUAUAUUCAAGAACCGGUUAUAAAAACAUUUCCAUUACAAUUGGUUCCAUCUACAACGGUUAGUUUCACAGCUGAGGUGGUAAAAGGUAUAGAAACAAUUUUAUUUUCCAAUGGUUUCAAUCAAUUUCCUAUUGCGCCACAAGCCGAUCCAAACGAUGCUCAAAAACUAUUGUUAACCAUUCCAAAUAACCUACCGAUCGGUGCCUAUACCUAUAUAUUUCAAGGAAAUACAUUGAAUCUAUUUUCACCACCAAAAGUAUUUGCGAUCAAUGUAAUUCAACCAACUGUAACAAGUAUAACGGUUGUUGAUUUUGUUAACCAACCAACUUUGAAAAUCGAUGGAUUAGGUUUCAAUAUGGGUGUUGGUAUAUUACCUGGUGUUGUUAUGAACGGUAAGAAUUGUUAUUUGGUUGGUGUUCAAACAGAUACCUCAUUCACUUGUCAAAUUGAUGAAUCAAUUCCAAAUGUUUACCAAGUCACUGUUAAUCUACCAUUCUAUCCGGCACCAGCUGAUAUCUAUCAAUUGAAUGUUGAUUAUCGUGGAUCGAUGUCUGUUUAUACAAGAGGUGUCAAUCAAGUACCACAAUUCUAUUUCUCAGGUGUGCUACCAGUUAAUAUGUUACCAGUGGUAUCAAGUAAUAUUAUGAUUGGAACGGUUGCCUAUGUAAAGUUACAAGUUACCAUACCUGCCAAUGCAGCAGGUCAAUAUGAUGUUAUGAUGAAAUGGGUUGGUGUCAAUAUUCCCGAUACAAAAAUACCUAUUACCUAUGUCGAUUUCGAACCGAUAAUAUUCUUUCUAUCGCCAAGAUUAGCUCGUUUCACACCGUCGUUCAUCAAUAUUAAUUCGGCAAGUGCCAUCGUUACACCGAUAACAAUUAGAGGUUCAAACUUUAUCAAUGGAGUAUCACCGACUAUCUACCUUGAUGGUGUUGAUCCAAUAACACAGAAUGCAAUCCGAUAUGAAUGUGAAAAUGUCUUGGUUGUUGGUGGAACCAUUACCUGUGACGUCAAAUCUGCCUAUGAAACAGAGUUUACUGUAACAGUAUCGUAUGGUGAGGGUUUACUAUCGAAUGGUAUCACAUUGUCAUUCUACGGUUUGUCAUGUCUAGGUAGGAACAACCGGUUGGCAACCAAUCCUCCUGUCGAUUGGUGGUUCACCUUCAAAUAUAAAUUCAGUUCGAAAACCCCCGAUAAUUUGAAAGACAACUAUCUCUAUGUUGAUAAUCUCUAUGACCGUAGUGUUGCUCGUUACAAAGGAUUGACAGAUACCAACGCUGAACUCUCUCCACUGGCAGCGACAUUCGACCAGAUUCGCUACGGUUAUUCAUACAUCUUCUAUAACGAUCAAAACGGUAUGCGUAGACCGAACGACGGUGUCAAAGUGCUGGUCUCGGACGAUCCGCUUGCCGGCCACAAGAUAUUCUCACGAGGCUCCGAUUUCGGUCAUACCAAAGGUAUUGUUAUCUACGAUCAUGUCACUGGUUCUGGCAUUCACAUCACUCAUUCUCAACCGUAUUGGCCAGCGUUCACCUACAACGGAUUGAAUCCACCAACUAAAUACGGUAAUCCUGGUAAUCCGCCCUACGAAUACUACGAUAUCCGGUCACAAUUCUGGUUGGGUGAUGCUACACUCAAUCAACAUUUCUUUUGCUAUACAUUCGGUCCAUUCGAUCCAAACACACCAAUCUUCACCGGAAUCAACUAUAUCUCUGCAUUCAUUGCACAGAACUAUCCAAUGAUCUAUCAAGUCGUAAACAAUGCAGUGAAAGGUACCUUUCAGAAAUUGGAUGAUCUAUUAACAACCGAUAAUUCUAUAACAUUACAAAUUUUGAAAAAUUGUGAUAAUCAAAUAAAAGCAAAAGGUAAUCUAUAUCAAUAUUGUUGGUGGUGGUCUGAAUUCUAUACGAAAGGAGCUACAAAGUUGGAUAUGUUUUCGAAAACUACAAAUGAAUAUAAGGAAUCGAAUGUUCCAGUGAUGUCGGCGAAUGCAGUUGCUUUCAUGAUUCCAAAUACCAAUCCGACGUUUAUCACCAACGGUAUAGAUCUCUCGGAGCGGAUGGUAGAGAAGUUCAAUCAAAAUGCAGCAACAAAACGACCGUUUUUCAUUCAGACUUUGGAUUUAGGUGGAACGAGAAGACAAUAUCAGACGUUGGAAUAUCAAAAGAUAAUGGCGAAUGUUGAGUAUACUCUGCAUGACGUAGAUCUUGCAGAGAACGUUGAAGAUCUUACGAAUCGUGCUGAUUCCGAUCAUUCCAAGUUGGUAUAUAACAUGUACGCUCAACCUUACUCACCGGAUCGCUAUGAUAAUAUCUUUUGUUCGGGUGAUCUCAACCGACAUAAUCACCAAGGUGAACGUGGAGGAGGUUACACUUGUCUAAAUCAUCCGAAUCUCGUUAACUUCUUCUCGAACAGAGUUGCACGGUAUUCAAAUGUGAUACCUAUCGAUUCGGCUGCAAAUACUUUUGCAGUGCAAUCGAAAGGAAGUUACUAUUUCCCUCCUUGGAUGACAUGGGCAACAAUGCACAUGAAGAUUCUCUCUGGCGAUGCAACACCGGUGCCUGCCGGUCUGCUCUUUGAAAUCCAACAAGUAUUCUCCAUUGACAAAGGACAAAACUAUCAGACUGUUUCAACCUAUCCACGAACCUAUGGAGUGGCAGACACGCAAUCACACUUUCAAGUAGAGAUGGGUAUCUAUCGUCGUGCCAUGUCCUUACAUAUGGAAUGGGAUCAAACUUGGUCACAUAAUAUAAUGACUGAUAAUCCAAUCAGUGUUAAACAGCUGUAUGCAUUGGAAGACAACAGUUACAAUGUUUAUAGUUGUGACCAGGUUGUUGCUCCAUGUAACCGUGAGAAUGCCCAAAGAGUAGAAACUACACUCGCCACCAAUCCAUAUCCAUUCAACUAUGGAUUCCAAUAUAUUCUAAUGUUUAGUAAUUACCUACAGUAUACUACACCUGCUAACAAUCCUAUGGCAUUCAUUGGUCAUUACUUAGAGUAUGUCAAAACAAAAUAUCUACUACCCGAUAUUGUUUCUAUUCAACUGGUUCCAGCACAGCCAAACACACUCACAACACUCCAAAAUGGUCAACUCUACAUUCACAACAUCAACUGUAAAGAUGAAGUUGCAUUUGUAAUCACUUGGUAUCUAAUCAAAGAGUUUAUUGUUGAUCGGUCAUUCGGAUUAUCGCCAUUACCUCAAGUCGAUGAUGCUGUCAUCCAAGGAAUUUCAUGGGCAAUAUCUAAAACUAUUAUCAACGAAAUGUAUGGUGUUCAAUCAUCAUUUGUAGAUCAAUGUUUUGUUUCAAAUCCAGAGAAUAAUAAUAAUAUUAUUGCUUAUGAUUUGGAGGGUAUGCCAGCCAAUAAUCCGCCACCAUCAGCAUUCUGGUAUGCUGCCACUGUUUGGGAUUGGAUCGAUAGUAAUAAUGAUGAGAAACUAUGUCCUCAGGAUCCUUUCACCUCAGCAUUCUUUAGUGAUAUGAACUCUAAUAAUAUGAUAAAGUGGCAGUCCAUUUUGGAUAAAGUUGAAUAUGCACAGACCAUUCAAACACUUUAUGCUAGUUUCGAUCCAACCCUUCAAGUUCCAGUCAAUCAAAACAUCUUGUAUUACAAUGGUGAAAUGUUUUUCGAUUUAAUGGUACAAAACAAACGAAGAUUAACAACUACAACAACCUCAACACCAAUUGUCAAUACCUAUUCCUAUGACAAUUUAAUAGAUUUACUUGUUACACCUGGAUAUUUUACGAGUUACCAAAUCUAUAGUCUCAAUCAACAACAAGUUAAUAAUGUUACCAAUGCAAUACAACAAUGGUUUACACCAACUCCAUACACUAACUCCAGUCAGGCAAUUCAAGUACUUUUGGAGAUUCCAUUGAAUUCUUUGUCAUCCAACAAUCUGUUGUUGUAUUUCGAUAUCAUUUUCCAAGAUCAACCGACCGAUAAAAUCAGACUAUGUUACCUCACCAAUUCUACAAGAAAGGUAUGUGAUCCACUCACUCUGGUAACUCUAACCGAUUUGAUAGAGUCACUGGUGGAUUCAAGUGAACUGCUAAAUGGAAAUGACUCCAAUUCAGAUUCAGAUUUACAAGUUUAUUACUCGCCAAAGAUAAUUCCAGGACUAUCCGAGCAAUACAGCGGUAUUUUAUACGCAACAUUUAGAAACCGAAUUUGUGACGUUCAAUUGGUAAACUAUCGUUCCGAUGAUCUGUAUCAAUUCAUUGACCAAAUGUGUAAUGUAACCGGACCUAUUAUCAAUUAUAUCUCUCAAACCAAUGGAUCAACAAGUGGCAACUAUUCAAUAGAUAUAGUUGGUUAUCAUUUUUCUCAUGGAAUAGAGGCAUCCAUUGGAGACUAUCAAUGUUUACAAACAAUCUAUAUCAAUUCAACAUUUAUUAAAUGUGUAGUUCCACCAUCAUCAGGAGUAGACCUUUCCAUUCAACUUUAUGAUCCAACAACAGAUAAUUAUGAUUGUCAAAGUUAUCCAUUCAUUUUUUCUUAUUUUGAACCAAUAAUUGAAUCAAUAAGUCCAAAUUUAAUUCCAACCACUGGAAGUAAUAUAACAAUAUAUGGAGAAAACUUUGGAAAUCUUAUUUCAAAUAUAAUUGUAAACAUUGAUGAUGUUCAGCAAAACAUAACAAUCAUUAAAGUUGAUCAUACAAUUAUUAUUUGUAGUAUUCCAGCCGGAACAGGAACAAACUUCUUUUUAUCAGUUUAUAUGAAUGGAAAUAAGAUUAAUUCUAUUAAUGGAAUUCAAUCAUUAAGGUUCUCAUAUCAACCACCGACAAUCUCAACUUUUUCACCAAGUAUUGGAACACCUUUUGGUUUGUUAUCUGUUCAAGGUUCAGGUUUCGGACAGAAUUCAUCAUUGGUUUCAGUAUCGAUUGGAACAUCAUCAUGUCCAAUUGUCAGUAUCUCUGAUACUUCCAUUAGCUGUAGCAUUCCAUUUGGUGCAGGUUCAUCUAAACAAUAUGUAUCGGUACAAGUCUCAAAUAAUAUCGUUCCAACAGUAUCCAGCAGCUAUUUUAGUUAUUCUGCACCAUCGAUUGGCUCAAAUUCAGCGCUCAUUCCAACCACCGGUGGUUUAAUGCAAUUCCGAGGUAGUGGAUUCGGUAGUUCUUUCGAUGAUAUCAACUCGACCAAAUUGGAUUCAAUAUCCAUCGAUUGUUACUCUUUCAAUGUGUUUAUGGAAUGUCCAGUACCUGAAGGAUUCCAAUAUUCACUUGAUUUAACUAUUGUCUCUGGUGACAAUGUUAACACGACCACGAUAUUUGCAUAUCAAGCUCCGACUAUACAUUCAUACCAAUACAAACCAAGCGAUAAUAGCAUAACCAUCGGUGGUACCAAUUUCAUUCCAUCGACAGUAACACAAGAUGCAACCUGCUGGAUACAAUUCACCAAUUACCAAAACCAGAAGACCAACUAUUACAAUACAUUCGUUAAUGAAACAACCAUUGUCAUUACGAAUGUCAAUCCAAUUCAAAACGGAUAUCAAUCGGUUCAAGUUGUAAUUGGUGAAAGACCAUCAAAUUCUCUAUCUACAGUGGUCUAUUCGAAUUUGAUUAUUACUCUUUUUCAAGAUUCCAAUUUAGAUAAUAUUCAUCAAUCGAAUGAAAUGGGUGUUUCUGGUGCUGUUACUUUGACAUCCACAACCAAUCCUUCACGUCAAUUCGUUUAUCAGAUAAUCACUGGUUCCCUUACAGUAAAUAUACCAGAGGAUAUUUAUAGUAUAAAUAUUCAACCCAAUUCCCAAUAUAUAACACCUCUAAACAACUAUUUGUUAGAAAUUGUUUCUCUAACCAAUCAUAUUGACAUUCCAGUUUGGAUAUUAAGUGGAAAAGGUUGUGUUGGAUAUUAUUUGACAAACGACCAAACUACAACGGUUACCCUUCAAUACGGACAAGUUAAUUUACUAAACUAUGGAAUUUGUUAUAAUUCUCAAAAUUGUUUAUAUCCUUUAUCAUAUAUUUAUUCACCAACUAACUGUAUUUUAACAAUAGAUAAUGAUAUUUCACUUAUGGAAAUUGGUUAUCAAGUUAGUUUUUCAUUUUAUAUGGAUAGUAAUUUGAAUGGUCAAAAAGAAGGAUUUGAAAUGUCACCACCGCCAUUCAGUGUUUUUCUUUAUUACACUUCGUCAACUGAUGGUAUCACCUAUAAUGUUGGUUUGGAAACCGGUAGCUAUUCAUUGUUUGUUAAACAAGGUCUGCUUGAUAUCUAUUUGGAAAUAGUACAACCCAAUCUCUAUACGAUAGUUAAUGCCAAGACUUACAAUGUUACUCAAUCAUUCUCUGAUUCUUUCGGACUCUUCAACUGGGUGUAUUCAUCGAUUAGACCAGUCAUACUAUACAGCCCUACUGGAACAAUGCUUACACUACCGGUUGGUAAAUACGAUGUAAAUACUCUAACGAAGAUGGGUUGGAAUAACACCAGUAUUACAUCAUUGAAUGGUUUUACAAAUUCUAUUGGAAUUACAUUCUAUUCAUCCGAGAGUAUUGAUUCCGUUGUAUUACAAACCACUUCAAACACUAAGAUACCAAUCACUCCAGUCUCCAAUGUACUCAUUGAAGUAGCAUAUCUUUCAAUGUUCAGUUCUCUGAUCUCGCUUAAUCAAGCUGGACAAUCUGUUGAAUUCUUUAGUCCAUAUUUAAAUACUCCAUUAUUUUAUUUUGGUUCACCUUUAUUUACAAAUCAAUUAUCUUGUGGAGUAAAAUUAUCAGAUAGUUCUAAAAUAGUUUGUAAUAUUCCACCAGGUUCUGGAGCUGUUCAAAUUUCAAUGACAUCUAUGUAUUUAAAGAAAUAUUUUCCAUAUCCAGAAUAUAAAUAUUCAUAUGAGCCUAUAAAUGUUCAAGGUACAGUUUAUGAAGAUUUAAAUGGAAAUAAUAUUAAAGAUAUUGGUGAAAUUGGAAUUUCUGGUGUUGUUAUAAAGAUAAACGGUAGUACUGUUACAACAUCCGAUGCAAAUGGAAAUUAUUAUCUACCCAGUAUUGUCAGUGGUAGUUAUUCAUUGACAAUCAAUACGAUUUCAACUCACUUUUUACCUACUACCAUCUACUUUAAAGUUGGUACUGCAACAAAAUUGAUUGAUGUCGGUCUUUUGAAAUUCAAUUGGAAAGGAUGUAAUGGUAUCAUUCUGUCAGGUGCCGAAAAUAAACUUACUCUCCAAUAUGGAACAUUUAGUCUGUCUAGUUAUGGCUGGUGUAACAGUGCAUCCAAUCAAUCGUGUACAAUGAAACCAUUAGAUGCUAGAUUUGACAAUUGUACAGUGGAAUAUCCGACAUCCGAUCAAGUCAGAAUUCGUUAUAAAUACAAGAUUCAAUUGGUAUUAUACGUUGAUAGUAAUCUCGAUAAUAUAUUGAAUGAACCGGCAAACCUUCAGUUACCAAACACCAUAGUGACUCUGACACAUACUCUAAAGGAUGGAUCGCUCGCUUAUUCAGCUUAUAGUGGUGCUGCCAAUUAUAUUGUAGAUGUAACAAUGACAAAUAUCAUUUCAUUCAACACUGGCCAAGUUCCAAAUGUUCUUCCGGUCGUUAACAAUUUCAUUCAUACAGUGACAAGUUCAAACGAUGCAUUGGUAUUCCAAUACAAUUGUCCAUUCUUCCAAUAUGUUCCAGGUGCUCCAUCUCAAACGUUUUACGAUAGUUUGGAUAGGGUAACGACAGGUUCAACGCUAACUCUACCGGUUGGCACAUUCGACCAAAUCUACCUCAGAAAUCUGCCAGUCAGCUGGGAUGGAAAAAUCAAAACGUUCACAGUCAACAGCGAUAUGUCCGUUGCUAUUUAUAUUCCAACACCGGUUUUAUAUCAGGCUACCCGAACAGUUUAUCCACCUCCUGUAAUCUCUAAAAUCGAUAUCUUUUCAGAUUUUCUACUGGAGAAUAAUUUGGUUGUUCCGACAAUGGGUGGAACCUUUUUUAUUAACAAUUGGUCUUUCAGAAUUCCACAGAUUAGAAUUUGCUCUCUUAUAACAAAUUGUCAACUUUCCGGUCAGAAACUAGUGUGUCCCGUACUCAGUGGUAUCAAUCAAUGUACAAUAACAAUAUCUUACACGCCAACACCGAUGUAUCAGUAUUACAAUAUGAAACGGGCACCACCAACCGUAACUGGUUUCUCCAAACAUCCAUCACAUCUACCAGCCAACGAAUUGGUGAUAAACGGAUACAACUUCCCACCUGCAGGAAUGGCAGGCAACUCAACCAUUCUGGUAGAUGGUUACUUCUGUCAACUUCUUUCAUUCAUAAGUGACACCAAGAUAGCAUGUUUAUCAUCCUUCCAAUAUCCACCGUCGGAACAAGGUUUCAUUGAUUUCAGAUUUGGAAAUUCUCUACCUUUUAUUUAUCAAUUUACAUAUCUUUCAUCUAAAUGUAUGGGAGCACAAAUAUGGAAUGGAACAAGUGGAUCUAAAACCUAUCCAAUUAAUACGAAUGUUAUACCACCAUUCGCUUACACUUCAUUCAGUUGUUCAUGGUUUUGUUAUUGCCGUUCAAUUCCAAGACAACUAAACUCCAAUUGGAAUGUAGGUGUCAACUCUGGUUCUUACUCCCAAGUUCAACCGUUUGCAAAAGAAGAUUUACAAUUCAUUGUUAGGUAUGCAUCAUGUAAUGGAGCUUUCAUCUAUUUAAAUGCAACUGAUAAAUAUGUAUCGUAUCAAAGUGGUGAUUACUCAUUUAGCAAUGCCAAUGGUAUAACAACCUAUAUCAAACCACAGAUUGGUUGUAAAUUGACGAUGCAAAUCGAUGACGGCACAUCUAUUGUGGUGCUAUCAUCUUUUGACCCAAGAAAUUUCCCUGACUCUCCAUUCAGAUAUAAAUAUCUAAAGCGACUGGUUGUAUCGAACUAUCCUGAUAUGAGAGGUGAUCCUCUUCCUCCAGAUGGAUCAGUUAAUUCCUCACCACCAUUAUUAGGAUUGGGUGCUGGUAACUAUAAAAUCUACACUACAAAUCAAAUAAACUCAUAA